GAUGGUGUACAAGGAGCGUAUGCUUCGACCGCGAUGGAAUGUGUGAAGUAGGAGGUUCUUACGAUUAGGUUAUAUUUAAAGUAUUUAUCUAUUAACUGAAUGUCGAAUCAUCAUAGUUAAUUGCAACGGUGCUCUAUAUAGUGACAGACGUAGUUACAACAUGCGACAAUGAAGAAAUUCAACGAAUUAUUUGCAACUUGCUUCCUGUUGUACUAUUUGUACGGUGUUUGUACGACUCAUUUGCUCAUAAACGUUAAAAAUCAGGGUGGUGAUAUUUUGUUGGAAACAAUUUCAUCCAAUGUUACUGAAGAUGUUAUCACCUUAGAAUUUCAGUGUUCAGAUGGCACUUUGGUGACACAACUUAUUGACUUCAAAAAUGAAGUACAGAUUAUAAAAGCUCUAGUACUUGGGGAAGAAGAACGUGGUCAGAAUCAAUAUCAAGUCUUGUGCUUUGUUAAUCACUUUUUCAAAGUAGACUUUAUAUCCUCUGAUGCAAUGUCUAAGUUACGACAAAAAAAUCCAGGCACAGUGCGCGUGGCAGAAGAAGAUAAAGGUCACGUGAAUUAUACUAUGGAUUUAUUCUUAGAUGUAUCAGAAUCAAAAGAUAUAUCAAAACAUAUUGCAACUCUUUGCGGGGAAGCAGCAGGCUCUGCUUACACCAGAAAUGAUGACAUAAAACAGUGGAUUCAAAGGCCUGGUUCUUCUGAACUUUCACUGAUGGCAGCUGUAUACAACUUCAGCACAAAUUCUUUAACGCAACAAGAUUCCCUCGAUUCGAGUGACGACAUCACUUCCAGGAUGACCCGAUGUUCCCAACAGAGCCGCGAGAGCAAAGUACAUUAUCGAGGCCUGUACUUGGAGCACGUUUACCUCGGCAGGAUAGUGGGCAGAGCCGAUUCCAGCUUCAGAAGUUCAUCCACCGUGUAGCCGAGGUGCUAUUGUUCGAGAGCCAACCGACGGAGACGAGGAAGAGAAGUCAGGGAACGAGAUGGAGGAGGAUAGUAUCGAGAAAGAGUUCUAUCUAUAUACACGUGAGCUAUGCUCGAAUAUCUGUGCACGUGUGUGUGUAUAGAUGUACACGUCGAAGAAAAGUAGGUCUUUCCCUGGGAGUUCAAACGAUUCUUACGCACCGUCGGCGAGUACACGUUAAUUUCAAUCGGCGGCGCAAACUUUUCGUCACAGUCUAUUUCGCAAGGGUCAUCGAGCCCCGGCACUCACCUGAUAAUUAUUUUCUCGAGAUCGUUAUCAAAUCGCUUCUUCCGUGAGAUCCGGGGAUUAAAGGGUCGAGGAUAAGUAUCUUAUACGCAUAAUUAUUGCCGCAGAAAAAUGCUUUCUGGGGGACUCGAAAAAUUGCUUUCGUGCAUUACAUAUGUAAUGCACGUGCAUACAUAUGUGAUAAAAAUGAAGGAACAUGUAUCUAUUCAGCUUGAAAGUCAUACACAAAAUUAUUUCUGUGGGAAACUGUUGCCUUGGUGACUCAAAAAAUUGCUCUCUUGCAUUACAUAUGUAAUGCAUGUGCAUACAUAUGUGAUAAAAAUGAAGGAACAUGUAUCUAUUCGGCUUGAAAGUCAUACACAAAAUUUUUUCUAAGGAAAACUUUUGCCUUGGUGCCUCAAAAAAUUGCUCUCUUGCAUUACAUAUGUGACAGGAAUGAAUGAACAUGUGUGGUAUGAUGGACACAUGUCUAUCUGGUUUAACACUGCAACUACUCUUGAUUUUACUAAUAACUAUGUACCUAGUUCAGAUGUAUACUUUUACCCUCUAUAAUAAGAAAUUUUUUGAAUUAUAUAAAAACUGCUCUCUUGUAUUACAUGUGUGAUAAGAAUGAAUGAACAUGUGUGGUAUGAUGGACACAUGUCUAUCUGGUUUAACACUGCAACUACUCUUGAUUUUACUAAUAACUAUGUACCUAGUUCAGAUGUAUACUUUUACCCUCUAUAAUAAGAAAUUUUUUGAAUUAUAUAAAAACUGCUUGUAUAUG